ACAAGUGUUGGAAGCCAGUUCCUAAAAAUCUGACCAAUGACUUCACUCCCGGGGUGGUGUCUGUCCAGUCUCCUCCUCACCCCAUGCACCCCGCCCACAGGGUUCAAAUCCUCCAUCACUUUGAUAUCACUUUACUCUUAAACUGUGCUCCUCACAGCGCGGUUUACUCUCUGUGCUGUUGUGAUCUCACAGCAGGAGGGGGAGACAUUAAAGGGUCAUGCCACUCAAUGUAGUGCUGGACGGUCCGGCCCCCUGGGGGUUUCGACUGACAGGAGGGAAGGACUUCAACCAGCCGCUGACCAUCUCCAGGAUCACUCCCGGCAGUAAGGCCGCUGUAGCAAACUUGUGUGCUGGUGACGUCAUCCUGGCCAUCGAGGGCGCCCCGGCGUCAGACAUGCUGCACUGUGAAGCCCAGAACAAGAUAAAAGAGUCUGUCAGUCAGCUCGCUCUCACUGUAGAAAGGAAUGAAUCCAGACUGUGGUCUCCUCGGGUUGUGGAGGAGGGUAGCGCUCACCCCUAUAGGAUGAACCUGGAAGCAGAUCAGCAGGAAUAUAAACCAAUCGGUACGGGUCACAACAGAAAGGCUCAGCCAUUUGUGGCGGCAGCAAACAUUGAUGAUACGCGUCAGGUGGUCAGUGCGUCCUACAACACUCCCAUAGGACUCUAUUCUUCAGGAAACAUCCAGGACGCCAUGCAGGGACAGAUCAGAGGCCUGGUACAGCAAAAGCCUGGGAGCCCCCGGCCUCUCACCAACAUCGAGGACUCUGACGUUUACAGGAUGUUACAGAUGGACCAGGAGGAACCACAGGAGCCUCGACAGUCUGGCUCCUUCAAAGCCCUGCAGGAGUACAUUGACGGUGACGGCACUCGUCCCAUUGUAACCAGAACAGUAAAAGCCCCAUCAACCAAACCGACUCCACCCACAGGAAACCUGCAGAAACUGCCCAUGUGCGACAAGUGUGGGAAUGGGAUUGUCGGGACGGUGGUGAAAGCACGAGACAAGUAUCGUCACCCCGGCUGCUUUGUGUGCAACGACUGUGACAUCAACCUCAAACAGAAGGGCUACUUCUUCGUGGAGGGGCAGCUGUACUGUGAGACUCACGCUCAAGCUCGAAUGAGACCACCGGAGGGACACGACCUCAUCACGACAUAUCCCUCUGCAUAGAUUCCCACUCUGAGGAGCAGAGAGGAAAACACUCAAAUACAACUGUUUAACAUGCUGUCUUUGAUUUUAUCUGAGUGUAUAAUAUUUUAAUAAGAAUACACUUUUAUUUGGUACGUAAUAUUAUGUAGUUUUGACCUGUCUGUGUUGGGAAAUUGAACUGCAAAGAAGCAGAAAUAAAGAAGCACAGAGACAGGAUGUGUUCAUCUUUCCAGUCUCUCACAACCUGAUGUCUUCUAAUAAAGACUUUUGUUCAUACUGUGAGAUGGCAUCUGUGUGUGACAUGUUGGGAUAAAAUGCACUCAUGGCUUUGGAA